AUGACUGACCCGGGGACAGCCGCGGCGGCCUGUGUCCAGACACGUGAGGGGCCACCCGCUCCCCCACGUCGCCGCCUCUCCUUUCGCCGUCUUUUCGGUAGCUUUCUGCGCGUUUUGGGCGUCCUCUCCCGCUCCGGGGGCUCCCCACCGGGGACCCAACCUGGCGCGGUGCAGAACGAUCCUGACCCGGGCAGCGGCGGCAGGGACGGCUUUGGGGACCCCUCCUGGCCGGCCAAAGAGGUCUCCUGGGAGGCUGGGGACGCGCGCCUUUCCCAGCCCCCUCCGAGAGACAAGGCGCGGCCCCCUGGCACGCAAGGCUUGAAGAACCAUGGUAACACCUGCUUCAUGAACGCCGUUGUACAGUGCCUCAGCAACACCGACUUGCUGGCCGAGUUCUUGGCGCUGGGACACUACCGGGCCCGGCCUGGCCGAGCGGAGGUCACGGAGCAGCUGGCGGGGCUGGUUCGGGCGCUCUGGACUCGGGACUACACCCCACACCUCUCGGUGGAGUUCAAGAACACAGUUUCUAAGUAUGGCUCUCAGUUCCAAGGUAAUUCACAGCAUGAUGCCCUGGAAUUUCUCCUCUGGCUUUUGGAUCGUGUGCACGAGGACUUGGGCAGUUCAUCUCCUGGGCAGACAUCUGAAAAGCCCCAGUCUGAGCCCAGCAAAAAUUUGGUGCAAACUCCGUCAUCAGAUCAGCUUUCUCCAAGACAAAGUUUUGUUCAGAAUCACUUUCAAGCCCAGUAUAGGUCUUCGUUGACCUGCCCUCACUGCCAAAAACAGAGCAAUACCUUUGAUCCUUUCCUUUGUGUGUCAUUACCCAUUCCAUCAUGUCAGACCAGGUCCUUAAAUGUCACAUUGGUCUUCCAGUACAAGAGUCACAGGUUCUUGAGGAUUGGUUUGGCAGUGCCACUUUUCAGCACAGUGGCAACCCUGAGAAAGAUGGUAGCAGAAGAAGGCAAAAUCACAGCUAAUGAGGUGGUUCUGGUUGAGUUGUCCCCCAGUGGAUUCCAGCGUUCUUUCUUUGAUGAAGAGGACUUGAAUGACAUUUCAGAAGGAGACAACGUGUAUGCUUUCCAAGCUCCCUGGUCACCCAUCUGGGGAGUUCCUACCACAUUCUCAGGUUGUCCCUCCAAUAUUCAGUUCAACAAACACAUAGGACAGAACCUCCCACAGUUGGCUACCUUACCAGCUGAAUCUUUGCCUUCUGGGAAUGGGAGCAAAGUGCUAAUUCUACUCUGUAAUUUGGUGGGGUCAGGACAAAAAGCUAAAAGAUUUGGUCCACCUUUACUAAUGAGAGAAGAUAGAACCAUAUCCUGGGACCAGCUCCAACAGCAGGUCUUCAAUAAAAUGCGAUAUUUAAUGAAACAGGAGGUGCCAGUGCAGCAGAGCUUGAGGUCAUUGUUUGCUGUUCGAGUUGUGGGAUUAUCCAACAUCUGCAGCUACUUAUCCCCACAGGACAGCAGACCCCUCUUUCACUGGGCUGUUGAAAGGUCUUUGAAGUUCAGCAAACCAGGAGGUCCCCCACAUAUCAAGCUGGCAGUAGAAUGGGAUAAAACCACCAAAGAGCUCUUGUUUGGAAAUAUUCGGGAGGAAGUAGUCCAGGAUGCCACAAGUGUUCAGCUCCAACAGCAGGCCCAUCAGCAACCCAGCUGUACCCUAAAUGAGUGCUUUCAGCUCUAUACUAAGGAGGAACAGUUGGCUCCAGAUGAUGCAUGGAAAUGUCCCCACUGCAAGAUUCUCCAGCAGGGGAUGGUGAAACUAAGUUUGUGGACAUUGCCUGACAUUCUCAUAAUUCAUCUCAAACGAUUCUGCCAAGUUGGGGAGAGAAGAAACAAGCUCUCUACUCUGGUGAAGUUUCCUCUCUUUGGCCUCAACAUGGCUCCCCACGUAGCCAAAAGGAAUCUUGACCAAGAGCACCUGCUGAACUCUUGGCCAUCUUGGCAACAGGCAUCUUGCCUGCCUAAUAGCUGCUCACUUGACUCCUUGUAUGACUUGUAUGCUGUCUGUAACCACCAUGGCAGUAUGCAAGGUGGGCAUUAUACAGCCUACUGCAGAAACUCACUGGAUGGCCAGUGGUAUAGCUACGAUGACAGCACGGUAGAACCCAUUUUAGAAGAUGAGGUCAGCACCCGAGGAGCCUACAUUCUAUUUUAUCAGAAAAGGAACAUCAUUCCUGACUGGUCAGCCAGCAACUCAAUGAGAGGUUCCAUGAGCUCUUCUUUGUCUGAUCACUGGCUGAUAAGGCUUAGGAGUAACAAUAGCAGUCAGAGGAAAAGCCUUGCAUCUUGGAGUUCUGCAAAUUUUGACUCCCUUUCUAAAAUGCCCGAUUCUCCUGUCUUCUCAGAAGCCCCUACCAAACAGGAAAAAGGAAAGUCUGAGUCAAAGCCUUUUGUGCAAGGCAUUCAAGGCAGAAACGCCAGCAUGAAGGAGCCUGCCACUUCUAAAAAAAUCCAGCAUGGGACUUUCAAGACCAUGCCCCUUAGGUGGUCUUUGGGAGUCAAAGACAGAACAAAACAUUACUCGGUUGAGUUGGUAGAAUAUUUAGAAUCUGGACGAAGACCCAAGUGCACUAAUCGGUCCAUCGUUCCGAUGAAGAUAACUGGUGCUCCUAAGGAGGCAGUUAUAUCAGCAUCAACACAAUCAAAUUCAACAGCUCCCACAAAUGAUGAAGGGGAUAGCAAGAGGGCAGAUGGGAAGGUACAGACUACUAUGACAAGUCCUUCUAGUAAUCAUAAGAAACAGUGCCGGACUACUAGCAAUAUUGAUACUCUAACAAGAACAAAGAAACCAAAAGAAAACCUGAGUCAAGAGAUGAGGCUUCCCCCAAAGCUUGAUGUUCCUCUGACUGUGGCAAAAUCAGCCGGGACUGAAGGGCUGACUCGGGCAAAGAGCAGCGUAAACAAACCAAACUGCAAUGGGAACAACCAUAUGAGUAGAAGUUCACCAUGUCCCAAGGAUUCUAUGAAUGGCAUAAAUUUCUCUGGAACAAAUAGAGAUAAUAACCACAGAGUCUCAGCCAGAUUUGGGGCCAAAACACAGGGGAAAAGUCCUGAGUCAGAACAGCUCCAGCAAAGGAAAUUUGCCCUUCUCAGAUCCUUUGUUUUGAAGAAAGAGCCCAAGGAGAAGGAUAACAGUUCAGAGAUUUGCAUCAGUUCUUCCCUCAUCUCCUCACUGAAUAGCAAAUGGAGCAGUACAGAUAAAGAACAGGGCAAUCACAGCCAGCUCAGAGGAAACCUGACAAAGGAGGAGGUGAACCUCUUAGAAAAAGAUGUUGGCCAAGUCUGUAGCUCCUUCAGGCUCCCCCGACAAAUCAACUGGCUCCAGAGAGCUAGUAUCUCCCACCCGCCGCGCAGGGGUAUUCCUGAGGGACAGGCUUCCAGUGGCGCCUUUCAAAGAGUGAAAUACCACACUAUUGCCUUGGGCCAGAAAAAAAGAGUGCCCGAGUCCAGCUUGUGACCAGCUUUGUAGUGUUACGGGACUUUUACUAUUUUUGGAAGCGAGUUACUAUGCUGUCGCUGUAAUCUCAUCAAAUGAUUGAUUUGAGCUGAGCCUUCAGGAUAGAUCGUAUUUCAGCAAGCAAAGAAUAUAGCAAUUUGGGUUGGGGGAAAGCAUUUCUCAACCUCUUUGGGCUUCCAGAAUUCAAUUUCCCCUGUUCUGAAUGGUGCCUUCAUUUCCUCCAACCACUAGGGGGCUGUAUAGGCCAGCAUAUAUAUAGUCUGAGCAUUGACUUUUUUUCUUAUUCUAGUAACUGUAAAGUAAUCCCGAGUGUUAGUGCUAAGGAAUAAUUUUAAGGGUGCUAUUUUCAAUUUUCUUCCCUUUUUUGUAAGUCUUUUAAACAAGUAGAUGUAUCAAGAAACAUUUCUUGCUCUUUUUAAUGCUUUCCUGGGAUACAAGGCAAACAAUGAAAUAAGAGUCUGGAUGGGGUUGGAGAGAAAAGAUAUUAAAGAAGAGUUUUUAAUAUAUAAACAUUUUUAUUAAAUCAUUUGAAUUUGCUUUUUUUUAAGUAUUUUCGUACUAGGAAAAGUUUUACAUUUUUACUUUAACAGUAAAUAAAAUCUAUGAAUGGUAUUAUUAAAAAGCGUCUCAGUGAAACAUGAGAAAAGCCCAUUUGGUGUAUUAUUUGAGUUGGUAGAUAUUGACCCUGUUUUGUCCUAAAGUGUAUAUAUCAUUGUCCACAUCUGGCAAGCAUCUGCAUGAAUUCUUUCUGGGAUUUGAUAGUGCUUUUACCUAAAAAGCAAGGUACCAAACAAUUUCUCUUUUAAAGGUUGUCAAAGCCACAUCAGGUCAUAAAUGUAGUGUUAUGUUGGAGGAACCUGUAUUUCAGAGGAUCCUGAGAACUUUCUUGAAUAAGCUCUAACCCAGCAAAUUCCCACAGAGCUUCCAUACCUUCCAACGUGGCUUUUCAACCCAAACUAAGAGCCACCAAGUAUAAUCCCAGGGAUCCUAGGAAGUUAAUCCAAAAGUCUUGGAGGUAAAUGGGAAAUUUAAAAUAGUACUCAUAUUAUCCAGUGAGGUCACUGUGCUCAUGCUGUGCAACUGAGAAUCUUCUCCCUAUACAUACAAUAGACUACAGCAUGCCUUUGAAAAAAAAUUUUUUUCAGCGCAGGGAAGCAAAGCAGUAUCUUCUUUCAUUAGGAGAGAUUGCCUAAUUUUGAUCAGAUUUUAUUUGAAAGAUAGAGAAGCAAACAAUAAGCAUUUAUUAAGCACCUGCUAUAGGUCAGGCACUCUGCUAGACCCUGGGAAGAAGCCUAGCCUCAAAGUGAAAUGUAGAAAGGUAACUUUUAAAGGUGUGUACUGAUAACUAUGGGCUUCGGUUUCCUCAUGUGUAAAAUGAAGGAUUUGUACUACUAGAUACAGAAUUCACAAAUUGUAAGGCAGAUUCUAACCUUUGCAUCAGCUCUUAGAAGUCUCCCCUAGCACCCUAUUUUUACUCAGCAGGUGAGGAAAGAAGAAAGAUGAAGUACAGUCAGGAAGUAAAUCUUUAUAGUUUGAGAGAAGAAAGCUGCUUUCUGUUAUACAUCAUGGAUUCCUGUUACCUAACUCAAAGGACCCAAACAGGAAAAUCUGCUCCUGGAGUUGAGAAGCUGACAAAAGCCCCUUCUCAGUUCUUUAAAGGCAAUUGGGGUUAAGUGACUUGCCCAGAUUCACACAGCUAGAUAGCCCAGAGCACCACAGAAGAAACAAAUAACAGCA